AUGGAGAAAUCAAUAGAAAUCUUAACAGAAAUUCUGGAUAAAGUGGCGGAGGAGCAAGAAUAUGAUAACUAUCAGAUUAAUAUACAGUCAGCAUCAGAAAAUGAAAAUACUUACACUACAUUUCUAUAUCAAGUCACUUUGAAAUCUCCAGGGAAAGAAGUUCUGGUGUUAGAUGUGAAAGUCCCAGCGCCUGAACUUACAAUGAGAGCAAUCCUUCCAUUCUUUGAAAUGGAAUAUUUCUUCUACGACAAGCUUCUAAGAAAGUACAAGCUAUUGGAGGAUAAAAAUAACAUUCUCCCUGAACACAGACUCGUGACCCCCAAGUUCUACUAUGGUUCAGAUGAAUAUUUAAAAGAAAUACUUAUCCUUGAAGAUUUAACAGCUAAAGGUUUUGUAGCAAAUGAUAACUUAAACUUUAUUGACUGGGAAUAUGCUUCCAAAAGUUUAGAAAAUCUUGCGAUAUUUCACGCGCUGUCCAUUGCAUUAUCAGAGGAUGAUCCAGAGGGUUUCCAAAAUUUGACUAUGUUGUCCAGCAACAUCGAUUACACUGGCUUAGAGGGCAUCAUAGAAUACGCCUUUACAUCUGCGCUUCAAGUUGUGAAAGAAGAGAAUAAAAGUCUUCUGGAAAGAAUUUUUAUUCAAUUAGAUAACAGAAAACACCAAAAUAAAUAUUACAUGCCACACAGUCGACCUUUCAUCAUCCACGGAAACUACAGACCCGGCAACUUGAUACACAGGAAGUUGGACGGUCACUUGGAUGUUAUAGCAGUAAACUAUCAAAUGUUAAGUCUCGGCAACCCGAUAGUUGACAUCGCGUAUUUAAUUUUUAUUGGUUCAAACAAGAAAUUCAGGGAUAAGUACUUGAAGCGAUGUCUGGAACACUACUACGACGAACUAUGUAAAGCACUUAAAAGAUUUGGACUUGAUCCUGCUGAGAUAUACUCCAGGAAGGAUUUCGAUAAUGAAGUGGAACAGGUCUUGCCGUUGGGGCUGUUCCAAAGCUUGUGUUUUUCCAUGACACUGUGCAUUGACAAGGAAGUCGCUUCAGGAUUUAAGCCGUUGAAUUUUGAAGAUAUUACAGACAGCCAGAAAACAGCCUACGUUGAACGAAUCAAUGAUGUUGUUGACGAUUUUAUUGAGAACGGAUAUAUUAAAUUCGAUUAA